GCCAUAUCAGAAAGCAGAAAAUCUCGAAUAUGGCGAUCCGCUACAACAUGGCCGUUGGCCUGAACAAAGGCCACAAAGUUACAGUCAACCCAACAGGUGCCAGGAAAUUGAGACAAAAUCGCAACAAAGGGAGAGGCACAAAGCGUGCCAAAUUUGUCCGUGAUCUUGUGCGAGAAAUUGCUGGCCAUGCUCCAUAUGAAAAACGAUGCAUGGAAUUGUUGAGGAUUUCCAAGGACAAAAGAGCCUUGAAAUUCUGCAAACGCCGGUUGGGUUCCCACAUCCGUGCUAAGAGGAAGAGGGAAGAAAUGCAGGCCACCCUCCAGAAGCUCAGAAAAGCCCAGAAGGAACAUAAGUGAUUCUAGUUUCUUGUUUCAUACUAAAUAAAAUUCUCUGACAUGGAUGGCA